AUGGCCACUCCAAUCAGAUUAACUCUCCUGAUUCUCUCGGUAUUACUACUACUUUCCUCAUCUCUCGGCGUCGUCACGGCGUCAGAGACGACGCCGAAUGAGGCUGAAGUACGGCUGAUGUACGAGCGGUGGCUCGUGGAGAAUCAGAAGAAGUAUAAUGGUCUUGGAGAAAAAGAAAGAAGAUUCAAGAUCUUCAAAGACAACUUGAAGUUCGUCGAAGAACACAAUUCAGUCCCAAAUCGGACUUACGAAGUCGGGUUGACCCGGUUCGCAGAUCUAACAAACGAGGAGUUUCAAGCUAUUUACUUGAGGAGAAAAAUGGUGAGGACUAGAAGAGAUCCAGUGAAAGAAGGAGAGAGAUAUUUGUACAAGGAAGGAUAUAUUUUGCCUGAUGAAGUCGAUUGGAGAGAGAAAGGAGCAGUUGUACCGAUCAAAGAUCAAGGAAAAUGUGGAAGUUGUUGGGCGUUUUCUGCGAUUGGAGCGGUGGAAGGUAUAAACCAGAUUACUACCGGAGAGCUGUUAUCUUUGUCGGAACAAGAACUCAUUGACUGUGACAGAGGAUUCGUCAAUGCUGGAUGUGAUGGAGGUGUCAUGAACUAUGCUUUUGAGUUCAUUAUGAACAAUGGUGGAGUUGAGACUGAUGAAGAUUAUCCUUAUACCGCCACUGAUGGUACCUUCUGCAAUGCCAAUAAGAAGAACAACACUCGUCUUGUUACCAUCGAUGGUUACGAAUAUGUUCCUCAAAACGAUGAGAAAUCUUUGAAGAAAGCUGUUGCUCAUCAACCUGUUAGUGUUUCCAUUGAAGCCUAUAACCAAGCUUUCAAGCUUUACAAAUCUGGUGUGUUUACAGGAACAUGUGGAACAUAUUUAGACCAUGGUGUGGUAGUUGUUGGUUAUGGAUCCUCAAAUGGUGAAGAUUAUUGGAUUAUUCGUAAUUCAUGGGGAUCGAAUUGGGGAGAUAGCGGAUACGUUAAGCUCCAACGUAACAUCGAUGAUCCGUUAGGGAAAUGUGGAGUCGCAAUGAUGCCGUCUUAUCCGACCAAGUCGGUGCAAUGGGAAAUUUGA